UGUAUUGCCAUGGCUGCGCAAGCGGACGUGGACUGGCAGCAGCGCGCGCUCGCGGCCGAGGCCGAAGUCGCGCGGCUGCGGAAGCGCAAUCGCGAGCUCGGGGACGAGUUGGACCUCUUAGCCGUCGCCAACGCCGACCUGCGGGCCAUGGCGGCGCCAGCAGCACCCGCGCCCGCGCCAGCGGGACCGCCCAUCGAGUCCUUCGCCGCGCUGCGCGUCCACGGCGCGAGCAGGGCGCUCAGGUCGGAAUCCGACCGCACGAUAGAGCAGGCCACCGGCGCGGCGAACGCCACAUGCGUCGCGCUGCACAGUGAGCGCGGCUUGGUGUGCGGCGGCGCUGACGGUGUUUUACGAUUGCACAAAGACGGUGCCGAGCCGAUUCAGCAUGCGUGCGGGUCGCCGCCGCUUCGCGUGGCGUUUUCCCCGGUGGGCGGAGAACGUUUGGCAUGUGGAUGCAUGGACGGCAGCGUGCGGAUCCUGUCGACAUUAGAACAGCUCAUCACGUCUCCCGUUGGGGGGCCGGUCGUGCCUGCUCUGGACGAGUACCACCGCUUCCAUGACCACGAGUCGCGAAUUGUAUCGAUCGCUUGGGGUGAGAGAAUCGGCACACUUCAUGGCUACUUCGCCACCUGCGCGCGGGACAAGACCGUCAUCAUCUAUCACGGGUUUGAGAAGCUGCACACGCUAGUCCUGCCCGCAAACCCGGAGAGCCUCUGCUUCGCUCCUGGCGGCAAGGAGCUCAUCGUUUAUUGUCGCGGCGAGCCCUUCCGCCGCCACGUAAAAAUCGAGGAGGAGACGCUCGCCGAAACGCGCGUAUCUCUGAAUGAGAAGGACUGGGACACCCACUGCUCCUUCGCCGUCUUGGACAUGGCCGUCUCGCCGGACGGAAAAUACCUCGCCUGCGCCACCGACGCGAGCAAACACAUCAUCUAUCCCCUCCACGGCAACGAGCACGUGAAAGUACUGGUCGGCCACACCGCGGAUGAGUACGCCAACGCUCGCAUCGCGUGGCUCGGGGAGUCGGUCGUGUCGAACUCGCAGAAGGACCCGGGCCUGUACCAGUGGGACAUCGGCUCGGGAAAGGUCCUCAAGCGCGUCGAGCGCGCGCACGGCAAGGCCGUCCGAGACCUCGCCGUCUCCGACGACGGAACGCUGGCGACGUGCUCCUUCGACAAGGCGGCGAAGCUGUGGAGCUUGUGCGCGCCGUGAUUUCUAGUGUGUAAGUUGACCA